AUGAUUCGUUCUGCAAGUCGCACCAUUCGCUCUCUCAACAACUCAAAGCUUAACCAACACGCAUUUUCAUCAUCAUGUUUGCUAUUGAGUAAGAAAAAUUUUCAAUCGGAAGGAAUGAACUGUGUUAAUAACAUCAUGAUGUUGAAUGGAUGUAACAUGAUGAUCAAUCAGCCAUUCCGUUGCUUCUCCACUUCUACCUUCUUGCAAUCAGCUUCAACAAUAACCUAUCCAACUAAUUUACAAAAUAUUCUCUUUGAAAAGAGAGAUAAUGGUGUUGUUGUUAUUACACUCAAUAGACCAAGCCAAUUGAAUGCCUUGUGUAAACAACUCGUUCAAGAAUUAGCCCAAGUAGUUUCCUUGUGUGAGAAAGAUUCAUCCGUUCGUGUCAUGAUCAUUACGGGAAGUAAAAAGGCAUUUGCUGCUGGAGCUGAUAUUAAAGAAAUGAGUACAAUGACCUCCAUGCAAGUUUAUCAAGAAAAUCUUUUUGGAGAGCUCGAAGUGGUUGCCAAAGCAAGAAAGCCAAUUAUUGCUGCUGUGAAUGGCUAUGCUUUGGGUGGAGGUUGUGAAUUGGCCAUGAUGUGUGAUUUCAUUGUUGCUGGAGAUGGUGCCAAGUUUGGUCAACCAGAAAUCAAGCUUGGAACAAUUCCAGGAAUUGGAGGUACUCAAAGACUCACCAAAGCUAUUGGAAAAGCCAAAGCUAUGGAAUGGAAUUUGACUGGUGAAAUUUAUGGAGCUGAAGAGGCUGAGAAGGCUGGUUUAGUCUCUCGUAUUGUGAAGAGUGAUCAAUUGCUCGAGGAAACGAUCAAGAUUGCAGACAAGAUUGCAUCCUUCUCUCAACCUAUCGCUCAAUUCGCUAAGGCAUGUGUCCAAAAGGCUCACGAAAUGAGCUUGCAAGAAGGUCUCGAUUAUGAGAGAAAGUUGUUCAUGACUACUUUCUCUACCAAAGAUCAAAAGGAAGGUAUGAGUGCUUUUGUUGAAAAGAGACCACCAAAGUUUGUCGAUGAAUAA